AGGUAGAUUACAGCAGAGAGGAAAAUAGAGGCGAGAAUAGAGUAGAAGGUAGAUUACAGCAGGGGGGAAAAUAGAGGCGAGAACAGAGGUGUAGAACCCGCGCUAACGCGACGGACAGAGAGUAGAACCUGCGCUAAUUUUAAAACGCAGUGGAAUUCCAUGCAGUCACUUAGAGGUAGGUAGGCCUAAUUCGCCUCCUUAUAUUAGUUAGGAAAAGUUUUCCUAAUGUGGAUUGUCCGGUCUUACCGCUCUCUAACAUCAUCUUAUCGAAAUAUACGGUUUGAUUUCUUUUACUCCUUACUUAGGAGUGCGACUGUAUCGGAUUUUUCACGAGGCGUCGACUAGAACAAGUCACGUAGCGUAGUCGUCUUGCGCCUGGUACCGGUGGUGUCCCACACCGGUAGUAGAUGCCUCGUGUUGUUCCAGGCCAGAGGAAACGGGCCUAUCGCCCAAAAACCCGAACCGGGUGCCGAACAUGCAAAAGUAAGACAGUUGUACAAGGCCCAGAUACAGAAACACGAUUGACAAGUUGGGUAGUACGACGAGUCAAAUGUGAUGAGGCCAGUCCUUCUUGUUAUCCAUGCCUUUCUACGGGGAGAAAGUGUGACGGUUACGGCCCAAACACCGAUAACCCUUCGGAUUUGCAAGUAGCGUUUGUAAACGCGUUGGGUCAAGCUCCAUCUGUUGGAUUCCGCGGCACCGAGAAUGAACGCGGGGUGUUCUACUUCUUUCAGCAGGAAUCCGCGGCCCAGUUAUCCCGGUUCUUUGAAAGCGAUUUCUGGGAAACGCGCCUGUUCCAAGCGGCUCUCCGCGAACCUUCAAUUCGACACGCCAUCCUCGCUCUCGGGUCCCUGCACGCAGGACUUCACCAGAAGAGCGAUUCUGCUCUGCAUGUUUAUGCGAAGAGAGUCCCUGAAGGCUUUACAUUGACCAAUUAUGGGCAGGCUAUCAACUUCCUUAUCAAUUCAAACUCACAGAAAGGCCAACCGGCAAUAGACGUCUGUUUGAUAUGUUGUAUUUUGUUUGCAUGCAUUGAGGUGAGUCAGUCUGACAAAACAGCUUCGUUCCUGAUCACCCCCAGUAGACAAUGCAAAGCAGAUACGGCGCCACUAUCACACACAUCCAGGGCGGCAUGAAGAUCCUGAGUGGGGUCGAGUACAACGCGGACAC